AUGUAUGGGAUCCACAAGAGCCAAAUGAUGCUAGGAAACCACACAACGCCAUUUGAGUUUAUUUUUCUUGGGUUGUCCAAUGUCCCAAGUGCUGGUCUUCCGUUGUUUGUAUUAUUCCUUCUUAUCUAUCUGAUGACAUUAGUUGGGAACCUUCUGAUUCUCCUCAUGAUCUGUACCGAUUCUCACCUCCAUACCCCUAUGUACAUGUUCCUGAGCAACCUAGCAGGACUGGAUAUCUUUUAUUCCACCGUUACGUCUCCCCGAAUGCUCAGCGAUUUCUUCUCAAAAACCAAGACAAUCACCCUCCCUGUCUGUAUCACCCAAUUCUUCUUCUUCUUCUCAUUUAUUUGUAUUGAACUGUACUUGUUGGCUGCCAUGUCUUAUGACAGAUAUGUAGCCAUUUGCCACCCACUGCAUUAUAUUCAAAUAAUGCACCCUAAAUUCUGUGCCAUGAUGGUGUCAGUAGCUUGGGCUGGUGGGUUUCUUACUUCAUUAAUACACACCCUUUGUACACUUAGGUUGACUUUCUGUGGACCAAACCUAAUCCAGGGUUUCUUUUGUGACCUCCCACAGUUAUUUGCACUUUCCUGUACAAACACCUUCGUUAAUGUCCUGGUAAUGUUUCUGGUUGGCAUAUUUAUGGGUUCCGGUGCUCUAGGGAUAACAUUUGUCCCCUAUAUCCAUAUAUUUCGAACCAUUAAAAAGAUCAAAACCUGGCGAGGUAAAUUGAAAGCCUUCUCCACCUGUGCGUCUCACUUGACAGUUGUCUUUGUAUUCUAUGGUACCCUCAUUUUUACUUAUCUCCGCCCAACUCCCCGCAAUGGUUUUUCUGAAGAUCGACUUGUAUCUGUUGUCUACACCGUUGUUACCCCUAUACUGAAUCCAAUCAUCUACAGCCUGAGAAACAAGGAUCUUAAAGAAGCCUUCAGAAGAACUGCUCGCAAAAUUGGCUUCCUAAGAUACAACACAAGCUAG